AUGACAAAAACCACCCCCUCCGAACCCUCCGACCAAAGCAGCAGCACCUUCUCCACCACCCUCGUCACGCGCUGCCGCGCCCUCCUCGCCGAAAUCACCGCCCUGCAAACCCUCCUCGCGCAGACGCAACGCAACCCGCAGAUCGUGGAGGUGCGCUCGCUGCGCUCGAGCGUGCUCUCCGAGCUGCGCAUGCUGGAGAAGCUUGACGCGCAGGUGCAGGAAGCUACUGCUGCUGCUGCUGCUGCUGCUGCUGCACCUCAACAAGAUGGGAGCAGUGACGGUGACGACGAUGAGGUCAGGGCGCGGUUGGCGCAUGCGUUGAGGUCGUCGAAUCUUCCGUUCUACGAGGCGGUGUGGGCGAUUGCGAAGGGGUCGUGUUCGGGGUUGGUGGCGUUUGGGAAGCGGUUUUAUUGGGGGGAUGAUGCUGGCAAGGGCCAGGGCCAGGGCAACGAGAACGGUAAAGAUGGGGCGGGGGAGAAGAGGAGCAGCAAGGAUAAGAGGAAGAGUGUGUUUGUGGAUAUUGUGGCGGAUGAUGGGGAGGAGUGGGUGAAGGUGUCGACUAUUUCGGAGACGAGGCUGUUGUUUGAGAUGGCGAAGAAAGGGUGGGAGGCGGAUGAGUCGGAGGAGGAUGGGGAGGGGGCUCCUAGAACGGUGCUGCGGAAUUAUGAGGAUGAGAUGGGGACAGAUGAUGAGGACGAUGAUGAUGAGAUCGAGCUGGUCAAGCUGGCUAGUGAUAUGAGGAAAGCGGCUAAUGUUACGAGGGUGCGGUACAGAACGCCGCGUCUGCGGCUCGUCAUUCCUAAGGUAGAGGAAGGCUCGAGUCCCGAGAUCGAUGGUCUUCUGAAAGUCAUACGUGGGUAUGGGAUCGAUGUGACUAGUGGGGAGAAUGUAUAUUCUUCGCAAAGCGAGACCACGCAAGCUGAAGCGCUGGAGAGGCUGCUUCCUAAGCCCUUCAAGCAUUUCACGUCUACCCUAAAUAUGGACUGUACAUUGCUGCUGGCGGCAGUCUCGGACUUGUCGCAUUACAAAGAUAUUUCCACCUCCCCCACGCAUCACAAGGCCAUCAACCGUCAGAUUGAGGUUGAGCACAGCCGCCCACUGCUCCCCACGGAGUUGUGGCCGGCAAUGGUAGGCCGUGAUCUGGUCUGCACCGAAGAGGCCGCCCAGAGAAUGCAGGAAAUCGUCAACAUCAUCGGCACCGAAACUGAGAAGCAGCGGAUGAGAAUAUUAAUGGGUCAUGAGUCGUUUGCUGAAUGCACUCGGGAGGGUCUCAUCGAGGCCUUUCAGAAGCUGUCCGACUAUGAGAUCCCUGAAGACUGGAGACUUCCUGUCAUGACAGUCAAUGCGAAACCGACAAUAGCUUCUGCAAAGGAUCUCGCUAGACUUCCGUCUAUCUAUGAAAAGAUAGAGCCGGUACUAUCUGACAUCAACCACAGCGUGUUCUUGUACGGGUGGGCUGCCGGCGUGAUGACGAUAUCAAGCAAUCGCACGGUGGUUAAACAAAUCGAGUCCAUUGUCGAGAAGAAUAGAGGGGCAGACGAUAGUCUGGAGGGGCCUUCGAUCUGGGUAUGCGAUACAGCGAGGAGUUUGAUAGGGAAAGAGAAGGGCCGCAAAGACUAG